UUUUUUUUCCUUUUUUUUUGUCUCACACUGAGCAAUAUAGGUAACACCGUCCGUUGCCACUGCAACAUGUCUAGCCUGUGUGUGGGGAGUGUGGUGUCUGAGCAGAGUUAGGAGGAAAAGCGGAGAGGACAUCUGUGCCUGGUUUCUGUCAUCUGGAUGGGAAGUGCUUUUUGACAGGAGAGAGAGAAGAAAGCAGAAAGCAGCCGAGGAAGGGGAACAACUGGCAUCAGCCAAUACCCCCUUCCACUCACAGACUGGAGACAACGGAGGCCACUGGAGUAUUUGCUUUUAUCUUUCGUUUUUUGUUCUUUUUUUUCCUCAUUGCGCUGCUGGGAGGUGCUUUGCCUUUUCAUUUGCUCGCUCUUUCGGUCCUCUGCCUCCUCAUCUAUUUUGCCAUUUACCUGGUCAACAAUUUCUUCUAUUUAUGAGCCAGACAAGGAGGGAGAGAGAGAGAGAAGCAGAAAGAGAGAGAAAAGGAGAAAGAGACAGAGGAGGGGGAUUUUUUUCCCCCUCUUUAUCCUCUUUUAUCCCCUCCAUCCAUUCUUUCGUCCCUUUCCAUUGCUUUCCUUCCCCGUGCAGCCCACGCUCCAUCCUCUCUCCCUCACCCCCACCCCCUCCACCCGUAACUUUGGCUGCUUUUUUUGACUCCACCUGUCGUUUCAUUUAUUUCUUUUAUGGAGCUCUAAUAGAGUCAUUUUAAUUGGCUUUCUUUGUCUUUUCUAUUUAUGCCUUUUCCACUUUUAUACCUAUUUCCCCCCUUCUUUUUUUCCCCUAAUGCAUCUUAUCUGGCUGAUCCUUAACUCUGACCAUAGUGACUCAUCGAGCGAACACCUUCUCCAGCCAUCAUCACGGACCUGAAAUGUUUGACUGCCUUGUCAUAGUUAAAAGUGUGUUGUGUCCAUUAAAGUGGCUUCAUCACGUCUACAUGUUUGUUCCUUUGGUUUUCCCGUCUCACACAUGCAGACACACACCACAAAACUUCCUCAUCUGCUGAAAAGCUCCAGUUUUACAGCGUUACGUUUGAUCAGGUGAAGGUCAGACUGAGCAGGAAGGGCCCGUUUCACUCGGUUGCUUCAAAGCCCGUUCUGCUGGCGUGUCAUCUGUGUUUGUACAGUCCUCUGCCUCCGUUUUCGAUGCCCUCUUUUCCUCUCUCCUCCCCUCUGCCUCCUCCCUCUCUCUCCCUCUUUCUGUCUCGUAUCGUUUCCAAACUGACUCCCAGUCCUGCAGACAGACAUACACAAGCACCUAAAGAUUAUGGACUAGGAUAAAAAGAUGGCUUUUUAAAAAACAAUCCUGAAGGAGUUUUUAUCCCUCAUUUCUUUCCCUUUUUUUUGGCUUCACACUCACCUACUUUAAUCAUAUCUCACCGUUUGUGUUUUCUCUCCUCCUUUGCUUCCAUCCAGUGAACUUUUACAGACUGAUCCCACUCAUUGAUUUAUCGUUCCUUUUAACAUUUUUCUUCGCAGUGCAAGAAGAAUUGCCGUACAUCAUGAAGGAAUAUUUUGCAAUUUGAUUUUGUGAUUUUGCAAUUCUUUAAACUUUACAAUUUUAAUCACAAAAAAAAGAGAGCUGAAUAUUUUUUAAAUGCAAGGUAACUGAACAGUCUGGAGUAUAGUGUGUAAGACAUAGCAAAAGCACAGAAAUAUACACACCAAUAGCAAAAAAGUGGAGAAAAUCACAUAAGUCAUCUUCAUCUUCAAUUUUUUUUGAUUUUUAAAUAUUUUCAUUCUGUUUCCGAAGGAGAUUUAAAACCGAAUGAAGACGACGGAAACGUGGGACUCUGGAUUUAGAUGUUUUCCUGUGGAAUUACCCUUUAAGAUCCUGGAUUAGAUUUUGAAUGAUGCAAAAAAUAUUAAACAGUAAAACAAAGAAAAUUUUUUAAGAUUCUGGACUUUUAUUUAUUUUAUUUUAUUUUUCGCAUUUUUUUAAAGGACCGAAGCUGAUCCGCCUUUCGGCUUUUAAAUCUUAACUGGAUUUCACAACUGCGGAUUAAAGACUCGAGCAACGUCUUUGUCAGUCGGCCUUGAUUUUAAUUUCUCCAUCCUACAAAAACUCAGCACAUUUAAUAUAUUUCAUUGUUUAGAAUUCAGGAGAGUGGCUGACGUAAGAAAGACAAGAUUCUCCAAGCAUCUUUACUGAGGAGGAGAAGUGACGGUGCUCCAGUGGAGUGCAAUUACAAAAAGAUCGAUGCUUUGCCCUGUUCAUUGUCUGAGGAGUUUUCCUAAAACGGCUGAUCCCUCAGUCUGAGGCUAUGAAAGGGAGUGAGGAGUCCCAGGCUGCACCACCAUGCUACUUCUGAGAAGCUGGGAUGAGACUUUGGCUGGCAAAACACGAGGUAUUUCUCUUCCACUACUACAUUAUGCCUGUCCGUGGACACUGCAGCUCCUCCCCACCUCGCCAACAUGCUGGGCCUCACCUCUCCCCCAAAGUUCGGACUCAUCAUCCAUCCCCACCUCCAUCAGUUCAUCACACCACAGGCACGUCUUUACGCCUGCCUCUUCUUUGUCUGCUGCUCUGUCUUCUCCACUUACCCUCAGCCUGUCACUCACGGAGAGAAAAGGGCGGAGGAGGUGGUGGAGGUGGCAGCCACUACAUACCCAUCCCACAGCCUCCUCCGCACCACAUGGCACUGCCUCACAUCCUACGUGGCCUAAGCAUUGCUGUCGUACUGGUGGGCAACUCCAGCGAGGUGGCACUGGCAGGGGCCAGAGAGAAGGAGGACUUUCUACAUAUGGCUCCUAACGUGGAAGUGCUGACCAUGAAUGAGACUGACCCUAAAAGCAUUAUCAAGAGCAUUUGUGACCUGAUGACGGAACACUGGCUGCAGGGUGUAGUGUUUGGGGAUGACACAGACCAGGAAGCCAUCGCUCAGAUUCUGGACUUCAUUUCAGCCCAAACCCACAUUCCCAUUCUUGGAGUGCGAGGAGGCUCUUCAAUGAUCAUGGCUGCCAAGGACGACAACUCCAUGUUCUUUCAGUUCGGCCCCUCUAUUGAGCAGCAGGCUUCUGUUAUACUGAACAUCAUGGAGGAGUAUGACUGGUACAUCUUCUCCAUCGUCACAACGUACUACCCCGGUUAUCAGGACUUUGUCACCAAGAUCCGAAACACCAUUGAGAACAGCUUUGUUGGCUGGGAGCUAGAAGAAGUUCUUCUGCUUGACAUGUCAGUGGAUGAUGGUGAUUCAAAGAUCCAGAACCAGCUGAAGAAACUCCAGAGCCCCGUGAUUCUUCUCUACUGCACAAAAGAGGAGGCCAACACCAUCUUCGAGGUGGCCCACUCUGUUGGGAUCACUGGUUACGGCUACACUUGGAUUGUCCCUUCGCUGGUUGCUGGAGACACUGAUGUAGUGCCUGCGGAGUUUCCCACAGGUCUUCUCUCUGUAUCCUACGAUGAGUGGGAUUAUGGCCUGGAAGCCCGUGUUCGGGACGGUGUGGCGAUUAUUACCAUGGCAACUUCCACCAUGAUGAUGGACCGUGGACCUCACACCUUGCUGAAGUCAGAAUGCCACGGAGCUCCGGAAAAGAAAACCCCAAUCUCAGGCAACCCCAAUGAAGUCCUCAGGUACCUGAUGAAUGUGACAUUUGAGGGGCGCAACCUGUCAUUCAGCGAGGAUGGGUACCAAAUGCACCCCAAGCUUGUCAUUAUUCUACUCAACAAAGAGAGACAGUGGGACAGGGUGGGUAAAUGGGAGAAUGGCUCCUUGUCCAUGAAGUACCAUGUGUGGCCUCGCUAUGAGCUGUAUGGUGGGGCAGCAACCAGGGAAGAUGACCACCUGUCCAUCGUGACAUUGGAGGAGGCUCCAUUCGUCAUUGUUGAAGACGUGGAUCCGCUGAGUGGGACCUGCAUGAGGAACACUGUCCCCUGCAGAAAACAGAUCAAAACAAUAAAUCAGACCAAGGAGACAGGAAUCUAUAUCAAACGAUGCUGUAAGGGCUUCUGCAUUGACAUCUUGAAGAAGAUCGCCAAGUCAGUCAAGUUUACGUAUGACCUUUACCUGGUCACUAACGGCAAACAUGGAAAAAAAAUCAAUGGAACCUGGAACGGCAUGGUGGGAGAGGUUGUGUUAAAAAAUGCCCACAUGGCUGUUGGAUCUCUAACCAUCAAUGAGGAGAGGUCUGAGGUCAUCGAUUUUUCUGUUCCCUUCAUCGAAACUGGAAUCAGUGUCAUGGUUUCCCGCAGUAAUGGCACAGUUUCACCUUCAGCAUUUUUAGAGCCCUUUAGCGCAGAUGUGUGGGUGAUGAUGUUCGUGAUGCUGCUGCUGGUGUCAGCAGUGGCUGUAUUCGUGUUCGAGUAUUUCAGCCCUGUGGGCUACAACCGCUGUCUGGCUGAUGGCAGAGAGCCUCAUGGCCCAUCUUUCACCAUUGGUAAAGCCAUUUGGCUACUUUGGGGUCUGGUCUUCAACAACUCUGUGCCGGUCCAGAACCCCAAAGGCACCACCAGUAAAAUUAUGGUCUCGGUGUGGGCCUUCUUCGCUGUCAUUUUCCUGGCCUCAUACACUGCCAACCUGGCUGCUUUCAUGAUCCAAGAGGAAUAUGUGGAUCAAGUAACUGGUCUCUCCGACAAGAAGUUCCAGAGUCCCAAUGACUUCUCUCCUCCAUUCCGGUUUGGCACGGUCCCGAAUGGAAGCACAGAGAGAAAUAUCAGGAACAACUACCCAGAAAUGCACUCCUACAUGACCAAGUUUCACCAGAGAAACGUCAAUGAAGCUCUGCAGAGUUUGAAGGCUGGCAAAUUAGAUGCUUUCAUUUAUGAUGCGGCCGUUCUGAACUACAUGGCUGGCAGGGAUGAGGGCUGCAAGCUGGUGACCAUUGGCAGCGGCUACAUCUUCGCCACCACGGGAUACGGCAUUGCCAUCCAGAAGGAGUCUGGAUGGAAGAGACACGUGGACCUGGCCAUCCUGCAGCUUUUUGGAGACGGUGAGAUGGAGGAGCUGGAGUCCCUGUGGCUGACUGGGAUCUGCCACCAUGAGAAGAAUGAGGUGAUGUCCAGCCAGCUGGACGUGGACAACAUGGCCGGGGUCUUCUACAUGCUGGGCGCCGCCAUGGCUCUCUCCCUCAUCACCUUCAUCUGCGAGCACUGGUUCUACUGGCAGCUGCGCUUCUACUUCAUGGGCGUCUGCUCCGGCCAGCCCAGCUUCGUCUUCAGCGUCAGCAGGGGAAUAUACAGCUGCAUUCAUGGGGUCCAAAUCGAAGAGAAGAGCAGCUCUGCAUUGAACUCCCCGUCAGCCACCAUGAACAACACCCAUUCAAACAUUAUGCGCCUCCUACGCACUGCCAAGAACAUGGCCUCCCUGUCAGGAGUAAACGGCUCACCACACAGCGCUCUGGACUUCAUCCGUCGAGACUCUUCUGUUUAUGACAUCUCUGAGCAUCGCCGCAGCUUGGCAGGCCAUUCUGACUGCAAACCUCCAUACAUGCCAGAAGACAACAUGUUUAGUGACUACAUCAGUGAGGUGGAGAGGACGUUUGGCAACAUCCAUCUCAAGGACAGUAAUUUGUACCAGGAUCACUAUCUACACCAUCAUGGCUCAACCCCAGGGCUCAGUGGCCCUCCCCCCAACAGACCCCACAGUUUGGGCAGUGCUAGCUCUCUGGAGGGUGGCAUGUUUGACUGUGACAGCCUCGGUGGGGGGGUGGCACCUAUCUUUACCACCCAGCCCUGCUCAGCACUGACCCACAGGAACAUGAGCAAGUUUGACCUGCUGUCCGGACAGACUCCUCCCUCAGGCCAGAGCUUCAAGGGAGGUCUGCCUGACAUCUACGGGAAGUUCUCCUUCAAAGGUGGUGCUUCGAGUUCCACUUUCAUUCCUGGACAUAGCUACUGUGGGGUGAGAGGAGAUGAUGAGGGAAAUAUACGUUCAGAUGUUUCAGACAUUUCCACACACACUGUAACAUACGGGAACCUGGAGGGUAAUGCCAAGAAGCGCAAACAGUACCGCGACAGCUUAAAAAAGAGGCCGGCCUCUGCAAAGUCCAGACGGGAACUGGACGAAAUUGAGCUGGGCUAUAGGAGGAAACCCUACCACAUCAGCCACCACCACUACCACAGCCAGCGCUCUGCUUCCCCCCCUCUGUUGCCCUCUGAACGCAAGCGAGGGGGUGUUGGAGGAAACAACAAUGGGAACUCUUAUCUCUUCAGGGAAAAGGAGAGUGUAAGGGACUUUUACCUGGACCAGUUUCGACCCAAAGAGGGUGUCCCUCAAUGGGAACAUGUAGACUUGACAGAGGGCCCUGGAAACAGAGAUGGAGUGCCAACCUGCACCUCCUUGGUACCAGUUGAAGACUUUCUUAAAAGCAAACCUAAAAAGUCUGAUUCAAAGGGCGGAGCAGGCUCUGGUUUGGCAGGGGGAGAAUGGGAGUGCAGGAACUGUCGAGCUAGUGGGGGAAAGCAGAUGUCCAUUCAUGGAGGAGGUGGUGGGUAUUCAAGUGGUAUGGGCUGUGGGUCCUCAGCAGGUAGCAGCCGCCCUAGCUCUGCAACCUGCAUGCGCUGUGAAGGUUGUAAAAAGACAGGAAACCUCUACGAUAUUAGCGAGGAUAAUAACCACCCCUUGGAACAAAUGGGGGGAGGAAAAGGUGGGGGAGGAGUGGGUGGUAUGGCCGCAGGCCCUCAGGUUCAAUCUCAGGCCCAGCAGAGGCGAAAGAGUGGAGGAUUUGGGAAGCAACUAAGGCGGCAGCAUUCGUACGACACGUUUGUUGACCUUCAGAAAGAAGAAUCCGGUGGCAUGGGAAGUUUGAUGGGAGGUUUAGGGGGAGGCAUCGGUGGAGCUGGCAUGGGAGGAAUGGUGCCCCCACCGAGGAGUGUUAGUUUGAAGGAGAAAGAACGCUACAUGGAAGAUAACAGCCCCUUUGCACACAUAUUUGAACGUCAUGGGGGCUCAGAGAGAGAAAGAGAUAGGGACAGAGACCCACUGUUUUAUGGAGGUGAGAGUCAGAAAGGUUCUGGGUCGCCAUUUGGCCUAUUCAGAGGUGAUGAGGGCCUCCACCGCCGCUCCAUCGGAGAGAGAGACAUGAGAGACAGAUCGUUGAUGGAAAGUGGAGGUGGGGCAGCAUUCUCUUUAUCCAAAUCCCUUUACCCUGAUCGGGUAAACCAAAACCCCUUUAUACCCACCUUCGGCGAUGACCAGUGUCUGAUGCACGGAGCCAAACAAUAUUACCUGACAAAGCAACAGCAGCAGCAACAAGUUGCCCCAAACAGCAGAAGUGAAUUCAGGAGUCAGUUGAGCGCAACAUCAUAUGUGCCAGCAUCUGCCACAUCCGGGGUGAUGUCCAACGUGUCGCCAAGAUUCCCAAAAGAGCUGGGCCUUGGUGGGAUGAAUCAUCAUGGGUCCAUGUUGGCGGUCGGACCCCCACGUCCCUUCAAUGGAAGCAAUGGCCAUGUGUACGAGAAACUUUCCAGCAUUGAGUCUGACGUGUAAAAGAUAAAGGUAUAGAAAGAGGAGAGCAAAAGAGGUUCAAAGUGUUAGAUCAGGGCUAUUUCUUAAAACACAAAGCAGACACAAAGCAGCCCAAGUUAAUGGGGACACAAACAGAUGAUUAAAAGAGGGCUCAAAUGAGUGAUAGAGACAAAAAAGGUUGAGACUGUUGUAAAAGAAACAAAGAUUGAAAAUAUGGAUAAGAAAUCAGGACAUCCUGAGGGGGUUAAGGAUGCUAAACCUCUCUUGAAAAUGGCCAAAGCUACUCAACUUUUACAUCCAUACACAAUCAAUCAACAUUGUUCUUAAUCUUACAAAACCCCUCAACCUCAGCAAGUCAAAUCAUCUCACUCACCAGUGUGCUAGAAAUCACUGUGCUCGGUUGGUUUCAUAAUGAAGCAACAGUUUGUUUUAUUUGCAAGGGCCACAGUUUGAGGGCUCCUGUCGUGUGCUCUUGAGGAACCACAGGAAGAGUGGGAAUGGGGGCAAACCGCCCAUCUGCCUCUCUGACAAUUCAGAAAUUAGACAUUGUCACAUUUGCAUGUGCCACAAAACAGCCUGGUCUGGACAUCUCUUCUCUCCCUGCACCCCGGUCCACUCCUCUUCUUCUCUGCCCCCGCUUUUUCUCAUCAUCCCCGACACCUAAAGAGCUGUUUGCUUAUGAGAAAUACAAUCAUGAAUGAUAAUAAGAUAUUCUUAUAGAAAAACAGGGUAUAAGAACAACAAUAACAUUGUGAAUAACAAAGACUGCUGUUUAUGGUAACUCUGCUUGUGAGACCACAAAUUUUGUUUUGUAUUCUGUUGGUAUAGUAUUUGACUAUUCUCUAAGUAUCUGUAGUAGUGUUCCUGUUCCAUCUGCUCCUGGUGGUGCCAGGAAGGUUGUUCUUGGUUCGGCAAACAAGCCAGAAAGACUGAGUCUUUUAUUCCUGUUUGCAUUCUGUUUUCUGUAGAAUAUUUUACUCCAUGACCAUUUGUGUAUCUGAUCUAGGAUUUCAAAGACACAUUUGGUGCUGGGAGAUUGUUGAUGUUUUAAGACAUUACUAAUAAUCAAGCACGCACAUACUUCAAAACACACCUGUUUUUUUUGUCAGUUUGAACUUGCGUUACUGUGAAGAACAACGUUUUCAACAGAAGCUACUGAGAGGAAGGACGUGCCUUAAAGGUCUCCAGUGGAAGUGUCCUCCAGUUGACAUGCAACUACACCAGGACGGACCAGUGCUCGUUCAAGCUGCUCUGUUAUGUGACGAACACAUGAGCCAAACCUGCUGUAGAAAUUUGACAGCAGGCUGCUGAUAAUGAUGGUUUCCAUACAAGACACAGUCCAAGAUCUUUUAUAUCUUCGUGAAAAUAUUUCAUAUUUUAGGUAUGGGCGGUGUUUUAUGAUCCAGUGAAUCAGGAUGUUCCACUGUUACUCAUAAGCUGUCUCAGAUCACAGCAAUCUAAGCCUAUAGACCACCUGUUUUCUUCAACCUCUCACCUGGUUCUUGCUAGCAUUACUUUACAUCACACAAACAGUCUGGGAGGCUCCCAGAAAAAUCUUUGUUUUGACUUUGUGUAAAACUAAUAUUAUGCAGUCACUUGUGUAGGAGAACUACUACAACAAAGUUGUAGGAGAAGCUGAUGAAAGGCAGAGUUAAGGAACUGGCUAGGCAUCGUGAAGGUGGCUAUCUUGUGAAAGAUUGUUUUUUCUUUUUCACUUGGGUUGUUGUAGAUAGUCUUUUUAUCUAAGGAGGCCUCAUUUAUUGCACAGGACAUUUUACUCAGUGUAGGUUCAGGCACUCAGUAGACAUGCCUUAUUGUUCCCCUCCCCCAAGUUGUAUGAUGAUGACUUUUCAUGUACAGACUACAGUUAUUUCAAGGUUUGAUCUAUGACUGGUUGGUGUCACAAGUUCAAGGGCUGAGGAAGAUCAUGCAGGAGUACUGGACACAGAGAAGACCUAUUGGACUGUGUGGAAUUUGAUGUUAGUAAUUAUAUCACAUCCCAAUAUAAAAGCACUUAUGGAAUAGGUUGAUAGGCUAUGUGUGUUUGUGUUUUUGAAGAAAGGCAGACCAUUAUUCAACAAUAAGUGCUUUCUCCAAUCACGCUUUUAAAUAUUCAUUACUUCAACAGCCUGUACUCUCUAACUCCUCGGAUAACAGUGAAACUGAUCGAGUUAGCCUUAAAUCAGAUGCCCCUACACCCACCCACACACACACACCCCAAGAUACCCCUAAUAAAUAACUUGGGAUCUCUGGAAUUUUUAUACACAUUUUGAAAGUUCAGGUGAAAUAUAAUCAGCAAGAAGGAAUAAAGGUUUGACACAGAAAUAAAUGGCUAGUUUGGAUUUUUGAAGUGAGGUUCUGUAAAGUUGUCAAGAGUAGUUCCCUUGCCUGUAAUAGAAAGAUGUAUUAUUGCAGUGAGUUUAAAGAAAAGUGAAUAAAUCCUUAUACCUCUAUCACAUUAUUAUGUAUCUACCUUGCGUUUUAACAUCACCUUCCUAUAGAUUUGACACCGUACCAAUCAAAAUUUCAUCACCAGCCAGGCCAGGUUGCCAUGUUUUUUUUCCCAUGCCAAAAAACUUAAUGGCAGCUCUGAGCUCUGAGAUACCAUACAGGUCCUUCUCAAAAUAUUAGCAUAUUGUGAUAAAGUUUAUUAUUUUCCAUUAUGUAAUGAUGAAAAUUUAACAUUCAUAUAUUUUAGAUUCAUUGCACACUAACUGAAAUAUUUCA